AUCUCCCGCCCGUAUCUUCGUUCACAAGCAAAGAAAUCAAGUGAGCUUCUACGCUCUGCUUCCUUCAUUUCUCUGUGUUUUUGCCCACUCAUCACUCAACUCAAGCUUCUACGCUUCGAUUCCGAAUUCCAAAUUCCAAUCCCAUAUAUAUAUAUAACCCACCGGAGACCUCGAUGGCUCAGGGCAGCCGCAGAUCGUUCCCUGUUCCGCCGGCCAUGGCCGUCACCGCUUCCGUUCUGCUCAUCCUCAUCUUCGUCCUCCUCGGUAUUUGCGUGGCCAGAUCCAGCCCCUUCAAUCGCCCCGCCGUUUUCAACUUCGGCGACUCCAAUUCCGACACCGGUUGCCUUGUUAGCGCCGGAUUUGAGACCAUCAAUCCGCCCUAUGGCCACCGAUUCUUCGGCCACCCCUCUGGCAGAUACUGCGAUGGCCGUCUCAUUGUUGAUUUUCUCUUGGAUGCGAUGAAUAUGCCUUAUCUGAAUGCGUAUUUGGAUUCCGUUGGGCUGCCGAAUUUUCGGAAGGGGUGCAAUUAUGCAGCUGCAGCCUCUACUGUUCUACCAGCGACUCCCUUUUCUUUUAGCCCCUUUUCGUUUGGGGUUCAGGUGAACCAGUUCCUCCAUUUCAAAGCUAGGGUUCUCGAGCUUCGAGCAUCCAAAGAUGGUAAGAAAUUUGACAAGUACAUACCGGCGGAAGACUACUUUGAGAAGGGGCUUUACAUGUUUGAUAUGGGCCAGAAUGACCUUGCCAGUGCAUUUUACUCCAAAACUCUGGACCAAAUUCUUGCCUCAGUGCCCACCAUUUUAGCUGAAUUCGAGAGUGGAAUUCAGAGAUUGUACGACCAAGGGGCCAGGAAUUUCUGGAUUCACAAUACAGGUCCUCUAGGUUGCUUGGCUCAGAAUGUUGCUAAAUUUGGAACUGACCCAUCGAAGCUUGAUGAAUUUGGAUGCGUCAGUGCACACAACCAAGCCGCUAAACUCUUCAAUUCACAGCUUCAUGCUCUCUCUAAAAAACUGCAGGCCCAAUUUUCAGAUGGGAACGUCACAUAUGUUGAUAUCUAUACCAUAAAAUCGAAUCUCAUCGCCAAUUAUUCGCGAUUGGGUUUUGAACAGCCUAUUAUGGCUUGCUGUGGCUAUGGAGGUCCACCGCUCAACUACGACAGUCGAGUCGGGUGCGGGCAAACAAAGACGUUGAACGGGAUGGGGGUCACGGCGAAAGGGUGCGACAAUAGCUCGGUGUACAUAAAUUGGGAUGGAAUUCAUUAUACAGAGGCUGCAAAUCAGUAUGUGUCAUCAGAAAUACUCUCUGGAAAAUAUUCUGAUCCACCCUUCUCGGAUAAAAUGCCAUAUCUUCUGAAGCUCAAGUUCUAGUUUGGGUUGCAUUUGAUUAGGUAGUUGAUUUAUAUAAUGUCUAAACGUAAGCAUUCAUUUGGGGGUUGAAACUGAGAUCUGAACAUGCAACGAUGCGUUUAUGUUUAGACAUGAAAUCAAAUAAUUAGGCUCAUUCAUUUUAUGGCUUCUGUUUUUAGAUUGUAAACACUGUACAUGUGUAGCAGCUGAAUAAUUAAGUGCAUAGAGGCCAAAGUGCCUGCUCCUCUCUCUAUCUCUCCAUUUCUAAUAAAUGUGGCCAUUUUUAUUUGA